AUCUCCCUGCAACCUCACGUGCUUUGAGGGUGAUUGAUAUUUCUGUCAUCCCCAAUUGCACAUCGGACACGUCGGCUAGGGAAGCCAAGGACCCGCUCACUGAAGCGCUGCUACUAUACUCUGCAUCCAAACUCACCAGCUCCCAUCGUCAAGUCGACGAGGAUCUCUUUGUGCUGACGACAUGACUGCAACCAACGCGCCCUCAGGGGAUCGCGCGGGCCGCCAAGCCGGGCAACCCGGAAAAGCUGAAGUCGAGCACAGACAGGAUCCGCCACAAAUAGGCGCAGCUUUGAGCAGAUUCAGCAAGAAGCCCAAACGCGCUCGCAGCAGGCCAACGAGCCAUGAGGUUAUGGAGAACGACCCGCGAAGCAUCAUCGGAGAAGGCAUGGAGAGUAGGCAGCAAGUGCACACGCAUGCUGCUGCAGACCAGGGUCUUCUCCGGCGAUCUCUAGAAGGCAUGCCACGUUUUGGCGAGGGCCUUGGCUUGGGGUUUCUCUCCACUCCCGAAUCAUCUCAGCCAAAAGGUCCGGCUCGUACGAUAAGCGCUGGGCCUGUCGUUGCACCCCGCAGGUUGAUGAGAUCUGGCAAGAGCCCGAGAGCCGCUGCAUUUGCACACACUGAAGCAGAGGACUUGCAUAGCCUGCGCCGGCAGAUCUUGGGCAAGUCGAUUCUUGGGCGACACUGGAAUGUGACGAGUAAUUUUCAGCCGUCGCAGUCCUCGAGCACGGAAAAAGCAACACCUAGUGCUUCUCGAUCGCGUGCUGGCUCGAAAUCCUCGGACCCUUGCCCACCUAUCACGAGUUCUGCGAAUGCAAGCCCCAAAGCAAGCCCAGCCGCUGGUAGCAAUUCGCCGAUCUUCCACUCGCCUGCCCUCAGCUCUGCCGCCAGCUCUCCAGCUAUCGGAUCCGGAAUCACCAGCCCCUCUGGUACUCCCGUUGUGACUGGCAGCUCCGUUUUUGCCAGCCCAGCGACGCAGCAAGAGUCAUCUUCGUCCCAUACGGCGACGAAUCCAGAGAGCUCUUCUUCAUCUUUCUCUGGUCCAAACACUGGGGCUUUCCAGGCGGCGCAGGCUCAGACCGAUAAGGCUCAUGAAGGAAAUCUCACUUCUGUAGCCGUGGCAAGUGCAGCUGGCUCCGCCGUCAUUCUCGCAGUUCUGGUGUGGUUCUUCGUCUACCGUUGUCGCCGAAGGUCACAUCAAAAGCGCUUGGCGGACGUGCUGCACAGGUUCGAGUCGGUCCGCGAAAUCUAUCGAGAUCCCUCGCGUAUGUCGAUUGCAUCGCGACCUUUCGGUCAGGCCAGCCCUUUCGACAAUUCUAUCCAUGGUCGCCGAUCCCUGUCGAUGUAUGGUAUCUCACAUGCAGAGCUCGCCCCGGAAAAAGGACGUGAAGGCGAAGAAGUUCGUGUUAUCAACUAUCUUGCUGGCCUCAAUGCAACCGAUGCAACAAGGGACGAGGCCCAGGGAGAGGCCGAUGCCGAUGCAGAAGAAGGGGGACGCGUCUCAACAGAUUUAGCUCGCACUGGGAUCGUCUCAACUACCCUUGCUCCCAGUCGAGAUGCCUCCUUCUCCUGGACUCACCCCACCUUGAUGCUACCCCCGGCGGCGGCACGGGCGAUGAGACAAGGGCAUUAUGUCAAGCGUCGCUCAGCCGUUGCAUCCGAAACUUUUGCAGAAGGCAAAGCCUUAUCGGCCCUGGGGUCAAACUCAGACGGCUCUACAGAGAAUUCCAACUCUGACCAACUAAGCUCGGGAACAAGUGGGUAUCGCUCGGCAGCUCCAUCGGAAGCCAGUGCACAGACGGAUCGUACGCUCGCAAGUUUCAACAAGUCUGCAUCGAUAAGAACAUACACAGCAGAUCAUUACGAUGCAAGUGACUCGGCAGGCACGCACCCUGCCGACACCGGCACGGAAGACUCAUGGUCCUCAGACGACGGCAACCAUCUCCGGCCUGUACAUCCGCGCGCGCCCAGGCUCCCACCUAUGCUUGUACCCUCCAUCACCCUCACCUUGGAUGACGACACCCUCGGCAUGGUUCAACGGCCCCUUUCUCUUCUCUCGUCUGACAGCUCUUGCACUUCGAUGGAUGAAGAGUUAGCUGAGAUGACGCCAGACGUAUCACUCUCUUUUCCAUGCUCGGUUUCUUCAAUGGUCCCAUCACCCGUCGCAGCAAAGCCAGCUGCCGUGCGGGACUCUUGGGCCUCUCGAGGGUCCGUCUACUCCGUGGACACAUUGCCUGAAAGGUUCUCCAAGCGAGUGUCGCAUGGUGACGCCAUAGGAGUGGAGUCUGUGGAGAAAUGCCUCGAGAUGUGCGAUUUUCCGACUCUACCCCCAUGGUCCGGCUACCACGAGCGCAGUGGUUUCCUAUCGCAAUCUAGAUGACGUGUGUGCUGUAUUUUAAUUCGAAGCACCUUGCAUCG